CCGGGCCGGGAGCAGCACCGGAUCCCGCUCGUCCGCCAGCCACGCCCCCUCGCCCGGCGGCGUGAGUGGUGCUGCCCGGAUCCGCCCCUUGACGUUCUAGGGGCGUGGCCAUGGGCACGUGACGGGGAGUGACCUCGACGCCUGGCGCCAUGGGGGCUUCGGACCCGGAAGUGGCGCCUUGGGCUCCCGGCGGCGCCGCGGGGAUGGCGGGAGCCGGAGCUGGUGCAGGAGCUCGGGGCGGCGCGCCGGCGGGAGUCGAGGCCCGCGCUCGGGACCCGCCACCCGCGCACCGCGCGCACCCUCGCCAUCCUCGGCCGGCGGCUCAGCCGUCGGCGCGCAGGAUGGACGGCGGCGCGGGCGCCCCGGGCUCGGGGGACAACGCCCCGACCACCGAGGCGCUGUUUGUGGCUCUGGGCGCGGGCGUGACGGCUCUCAGCCACCCGCUGCUCUACGUGAAGCUGCUGAUCCAGGUGGGUCAUGAGCCGAUGCCCCCCACCCUCGGGACCAAUGUGCUGGGGAGGAAGGUCCUCUACCUGCCGAGCUUCUUCACCUAUGCCAAGUACAUUGUGCAGGUGGAUGGGAAGAUAGGGCUGUUCCGGGGCCUGAGCCCCCGCCUGAUGUCCAACGCCUUGUCCACUGUGACCCGAGGCAGCAUGAAGAAGGUUUUCCCUCCAGAUGAGAUGGAGCAGGUGUCCAACAAGGAUGACAUGAAGACUUCACUGAAGAAAGUUGUGAAGGAGACAUCCUAUGAGAUGAUGAUGCAGUGUGUAUCACGCAUGCUGGCCCAUCCCUUACACGUGAUCUCGAUGCGCUGCAUGGUACAGUUUGUGGGACGUGAGGCCAAGUACAGCGGUGUACUGAGUUCUAUCGGGAAGAUCUUCAAGGAGGAGGGGCUGCUGGGAUUCUUCGUCGGCUUAAUCCCUCACCUCCUGGGCGAUGUGGUUUUCUUGUGGGGCUGUAACCUGCUGGCCCACUUCAUCAAUGCCUACUUGGUGGACGACAGCGUGAGUGACACCCCAGGGGGGCUGGGAAACGACCAGAAUCCAGGUUCCCAGUUCAGCCAGGCCCUGGCCAUCCGGAGCUACACCAAGUUUGUGAUGGGGAUUGCAGUGAGCAUGCUGACCUACCCCUUCCUGCUCGUUGGAGAUCUCAUGGCGGUGAACAACUGUGGGCUGCAGGCUGGACUCCCUCCAUAUUCCCCUGUGUUCAAGUCCUGGAUCCACUGUUGGAGGUACCUGAGUGUGCAGGGCCAGCUGUUCCGCGGCUCUAGCCUGCUUUUCCGCCGGGUGUCAUCAGGGUCAUGCUUUGCCCUGGAGUAACCGAAGCCGCCCAACCAAACAUUUAUGGGGUCUUGGCCUACCCCUGGUGAGGACCCAUCAUCUCAGAUGCCCGAGGGUGACUCCAGCCCAGCCUGGCUUCAUGUCCUUAUUUGCCAUGUGUCUGUCCAGAUGUGGGCUGGUGGGGGUGGGUCACCUGGGACCUGGGGAAGCCUGGGGGAGCAGUGUUGGGGUGGCAUCCCCUUCCGGCCCAGAGGUACUUGAGUCCAUCUUGUACAUGGGCAGAGGAAGGCUGCAGAGGCAGAGGUCACUGGCAAGGCUUCCCUCCACCUCCAGCCAGCUCAUCCUGCUAAGCAGCCGGAAGUACCCCCUCCUGCUUUGUAAAUAGAGCACCAUCAUGCCUGGGCCUUGCUGAGGGCACGGUGUUCUGCCCUUGUUCCCAACACUACUUUUCUGAUACAAGGGUGGUGCCUUCUCCUGAUUAGGAAAUCAUGUGACUCCUCAGAAUCUCCCCCUCAUCCGCUUGUCUGUGAUGGUGUCACCAGGUGUGAGGGUUCAGUCACCUGUGCUGUGUGUGAAUACGGACAGGUCCCAUAGGCCAACACCUAGUCCUCCCCUCGUGGUAACAUAGACCCAUCUCCUUGAAUAAAUGUAUUGGUGGUGAUUUGGA